GUACGGACAUCAUUAUGACUCUGCUGAGCUCCGAACACUCCGUACUGAUACGAAGCAAGUUUAGAUCAGUGCUACAGUUAAGACUUCAGCAAAGGAGGACUCGAGAACAGCUGGCAGACCGAAACAUCAUGCCUCUUAACCACGGAAAGUUCCCGAAGCAGGAGGAUUCCUAUGCAUUUGAGGAGGACAGCAGCAGUGAGAGUCUGUCUCCUGAUCAGCACCACAGUGAUGAGUCCCAGUUCUCAGCCUGCCCUUCGUCCGACGCUGUUGGCAGUGCAGCCUCCUCCUCUUCCUCACCUGUGCUCACCAGCCCACAACAGGGAGGUGCAAAUAAGGAGUCAACAGAUCAAAGCAAGGAGGAACAAAUGUCUGGGACCAACAACAGCCAGGUGACUCCCCCAGUACCAGUUCCUGCCAUAGUAAAGUCCAAAACAACAGACAAGAACCGACACAAGAAGCCCAAAGAUGUGAAGCCCAAAGUGAAGAAGCUUAAGUACCACCAGUACAUUCCUCCGGACCAGAAGGCAGAGAAGUCCCCUCCGCCCAUGGACUCAGCCUACGCCCGACUUCUUCAACAACAGCAGCUCUUCCUGCAGCUGCAGAUUCUGAGCCAGCAGAAACACGCUCACACUCACUCUCAGACACAGCACACACACACCCUGCAGACCCAGAUCCAGCAGAGACAGCCCACCUUCAGCUACCAGCCUCACCCAGCAGGCAACACCCAGAAAGGCAUUAGCGAGCAAUUGUCACCUUGUAGUUCCAGCAGUCCAUCCAGCACAGUCAACAGUAACUCAUCAUCUCCAGUCAAGAACACAUUUUCCAACCAAACUAAUGUGUCUUCUGUCAAAGCCUGGCCACUUCCUGCUAAUCUGGAUGAUCUCAAAGUUUCUGAGCUUAGGCAGCACCUGCGUAUUCGGGGCAUGCCUGUCUCAGGCACCAAGACGGCCCUGAUUGAGCGUCUUAGACCCUUUAAAGAUUCCCCUGCAGACUCCUCACCUCCAGGAUCCUCUGACAUCACCACCUUGACUUUUCCUGUCACACCCACAAGAUCCCUGAACUCCUACCAGUCCCCGUCGUCCUCCAGUACCAUGUCGCAGGGGGGAUAUUACCCAUAUCCCAGCACUUCUUCCACCCCACCUAUCUCUCCAGCCUCUUCCGAGCUAUCUCUUAGUGGUUCCCUCCCUGACAGCUUCAGUGACAUGCCCAUGUCUUCACCAAACCAACUCAAUCUGCAGCCAUCCCCAACACAGCUUGGCAUCGAGGAUGGGGGAAACCAGAGGAUGGGGGAGGAUGGUGGUCCUGAUGGUCUGGAGGCUGAGAAGGAUAAAAUGCUAGUGGAGAAGCAGAAGGUGAUAGAAGAAUUGACAUGGAAACUGCACCAGGAGCAAAGACAGGUUGAAGAGCUGAAGAUGCAGCUUCACAAGAGGAAACGCUGCUAUGGAGCCACCCAGGACAGCUCUCCUCCAUCUCACCCCUCCCUGCUACACCAGCAGCAGAUCAUGAUGGGGCAGCAGUUUUCUGGGGUGACCAUCAAGCAGGAGCCCAUGCCCAUGUCUUCUAGCUGUCCUUUGUCAUCUCCUAAACAGCUCAAGAGCCCUUCUGGCAGCUGCAUUGAGGAACUGGGACACUGUAACAACCCCAUCCCAAAUAUGAGGGGUCCUGGCUCUGCUGGGCCUCAGUGUAUGGACACAGGUCCUGCCUCGGGCAGCCCAUCCACCAUGUCAGCUUUUCUCAGUCCACAGUGCUCUCCACAGGAUUCUCCAAUUGGAAAAACUUCCAGCAGCUCCCAGCCUUCAUCUCCUAACACCCCUUACCUGCUGUCUCCACCACUGGGAAGAGACACCUGUGGUCACCACCAGGGAAACAACAGAGCACACAACAUGCAGAUGCAGCAAAGAAGUGGAAGCCAGCAGAUGAACUGUCCUUAUCCUUCUGACCAAAGAAGCCUUCAGACAGUGUUUCCAGGCUCUACUGACUGUGGCCCAAACCAUAACGGCUCCACCAAGACUGAGAGCCAGAACAUGCAACCGAAGAUGUCAGUAUUGCCGUCUUCCCGGCAUGUUGGCCAAAAGUGCCAGGUCUCUCCCCCUGCCUUCAGUAGCUCAGAGUCACAUGCAUCUGACUUAAGACAGCCCCCAUGCUAUGAGGAUGCAGUCAAGCAGCAAUUGAGCCGCAGUCAGCAGAUGGAUGAACUUUUGGAUGUGCUCAUAGAGAGUGGAGAGAUGCCAGCUAACGCCAGAGAAGACAGGGACAGGUCUUCUGUAACCAAAGUUACUGUGUCCCUAGGGUGUCCUGGCCUCCUUGUACCAAGGUUCCACUGGCACUUCGAACAUCUUGGGCCCAAUCAGCUCCCUUACGAUUACACCGCGAACCACAUCACCGAGAGCCACCUGCAGACCCUGCUGGGCAGUCCUGUGGGACGUGGUGGGGACGUGGGCUCUUCUAAAAUGUCUGCUGAGGACGGGCUCCAGGAAGAUGAAGGAAACAGAGAUGCAGAGGAGUACGGCAGCCACCACAACCAGCACUGCCUCCUUCACCACCCCCAACAGGACAAAGGUCUGACCAACAGAGACCUGAUGGACAACCCCCUGUCUCCCAUCAGCAGCAAGGCAGCAUCUGUUGCCGAGGUUCAGGGGAUGGUCAGCAUGAGCUUCAGUGAGACGCCGUGGGAAACUAUGGAGUGGCUGGACCUGACCCCACCUAGUUCUGCCAUUACCUACAAUGCUGCUCAGUCCAGUGUGCCCAGCAUUUUUAACUCUGAGUUCCUAGAUGUAACAGACAUGAAUCUGAACUCUGCCAUGGACCUUCAACUGGAGCACUGGUGA